AUUGUCCACCGCCACCCUGGUCCUUUUUGGAGCUAAACGAGAGGAGAGUCACGGGAGUCACACGACAAGUUGCACAAGUUGUGAAGAGACGAUUUUUUGAAGUUUUCGAAAAUGGCUAUGCAUGUACCGAAGGCGCCUGGCGUGGCGCAGAUGCUCAAGGAUGGGGCCCGCUAUUUUUCGGGCCUCGAAGAAGCAGUCUACAGGAACAUUACGGCCUGCAAACAAUUUGCGGAUACUGUAAGGAGCGCAUACGGUCCUAAUGGCAUGAAUAAAAUGGUCAUUAAUCACAUUGAGAAGCUGUUCGUAACUAAUGACGCGGUGACGAUUGUCAAUGAGUUGGAAGUGGAGCAUCCGGCUGCCAAGUUGUUGGUCCUGGCGUCAAAAAUGCAGGAAGCCGAGGCAGGAGACGGAACAAACUUUGUUAUCAUCUUUGCUGGAGAAUUGCUUCAUGCGGCGGAAGAGUUGCUUCGUCUGGGCAUUACAACUUCAGAGAUCGUUGAAGGUUACGAGAACGUUUUGAACAAAGCACUCGAAAUCUUACCGACUCUGAUCGUUCACGAAGUGAAAGACGUACGAGACGAGGACCAAGUAAAGAAGGGAAUCAGGAGCACUGUCAUGAGCAAGCAGUAUGGAAACGAGGAUAUCCUUGCUUCCCUCGUCACCAAGGCUUGUAUCUCCAUUCUGCCGGAGAAGACGACGUUCAACGUUGACAAUGUGCGUGUUUGCAAGAUACUCGGCGGCGGCCUGAGUAACUCCCAAGUGAUGCAGGGCAUGGUAUUCAAGCGUCACGUGGAGGGAGACGUCACGAGGAAAACCCUCGCGAAGAUCGCGGUUUACACUUGCGCCGUCGACAUCAUUCAGACCGAGACGAAGGGCACCGUGCUGAUUAAAUCGGCCGAUGAGCUGUUGAAAUUCUCGCGCGGCGAGGAAGCGCUGCUGGAAAACCAAAUCAAGGCGAUCGUCGACAGCGGCGCCGAGGUAGUGGUGUCCGGUGGAAAAUUCGGCAAUAUGGCCUUGCAUUACAUGAACAAAUACAAUCUGAUGGCCGUUCGUAUCCCGAGCAAGUUCGACAUCAGGCGACUUUGCAAAACCGUCGGUGCAACUGCGCUCUCCAAGCUGGUGCCUCCGUCGAAAGAAGAGCUGGGAUACGCCGACUCGGUAUACAUAGACGAGUUGGGAGACACUAUAGUGGUGGUCUUCAAACUGGAGGGAAAGGAGAGCCGCGUCAGUACCGUGCUUGUGCGCGGUUCGACCGAAAAUUAUAUGGACGAUAUCGAGCGCGCGAUUGAUGACGGUGUCAACACUUUCAAGGGCAUCACGAGAGACGGUAGAUUUGUCCCGGGUGCGGGCGCCACGGAGAUCGAGCUCGCCGCGCAGCUGGCGGCGUAUGCGGACACGCUACCCGGUCUCGAGCAGUACGCCGCGCGCAAAUUCGCCACUGCCUUAGAGAUCUUCCCGAAAACCCUGGCCGAGAGCAGUGGUGCACGCUCGUCCGAGCUUGUGUCGAAGCUGUACGCGGCGCACAAAGAAGGAAAGAAGAACUACGGUUUUGACAUCGAUAGUGAAAGCGCAUCUUUGGUCGAUACCAUCGAGGGGGGUAUCUUGGAUCUGUAUCUAACAAAGCAAUGGGCGCUCAAGUACGCGGUCGGUGCGGCGUGUACCGUUCUCAAAGUGGACCAAAUCAUCAUGGCAAAACGGGCGGGCGGUCCGAAAGUUCCAUCGGGAGGCGUUCGCGACGAAGACGACUAAUAGUGCAGAAAUCAGCGCAAACUUUCAUGUCUAAUUUAAAACAUUAUUUGUGUUUCUGAGUAAUUAUGGAAUAGAGCGAAUAAAAAGAAAUGUCGUGUCUCCACUUAAUUCCGCAUGAUUAGAAAGGAAAGAAAUGUACUUUCUAUCGCACGCUUGUUCAUUUUCGGAAAUAGAGUAAGAAUUUCUACAAUUUUAUAUCUUCAUCCAACAUAUCUGUUGAAUUUCAAAUUGUAUUAAUUUUAUAUUGUAUUAAUUGAUUCAGCAGAUGCAUUGGAUGGAUAUUAAAAAUCAAACUAAUUGUUACAUAAAUAAAACAAUGUGAAUAUGAAAA